UCCACCGUCGAUAUUUCCGCUCGAAUUUCUCGCCCUCCCACCAGCCCCUUCGGUCCCCGCUCCCUCCUCCGCCACUUAAACUAUUAGGUCGUAGUGGGGGUAACAAUCUGCUAUGUUACUCUCAGCCUCCUUUUCCUGAUCAGCUGUAAACCAUGAAAGUGAUGCAAAGUCAGGUGUAUCUGGAAGUGUUACAGGAAUCAUAAUGGGCUGUGCCCUUAUAUUCUUGACUUCAUUGUUUGAAUAUAUACCGCAGGUAUGCAUCCUUGUCGGCAAUUGUUGUUCUUAUGGAUCUGCAUUUAUGUCGGGAUGGUGGGUUUACUUUCUCUUUCUCCUAGUUUAGGAGCACACGCAUGCUGAUUAAAUAGUGCUUUGUUUUGUAACCGAUGACUUAAGAGAAGGAUUUGAGGAGGUUUAUCGGUCUCCUCUUCAUUUGAAAUACUAACUAUUGGCUCAACAUUUUUGUUAUCUGCAUCGUGCACUCACUGCCAUUGUGAUAUCUGCUGUUAUGGGCCUGGUAAUUAAUCCUGUUUUAAUUCGUAUUAAAGUUGAUAUGAAGAACCAAGAACUAAGGAACUCUUAGAAGACUUCUAUUCAGUCAUCUUAGUGUGGCUGAUUAAAAUCGAGGAGUUCAUCUUUUCUGAUGAUGAUGUUGUGCUGACUUCAUGCUGAAUCACUAACUUUUCCAACAUUCUGUGAAAAUGGUAUAUGAAUUGGAACUGCUGUCAGAUUUUAGUCUGUACGCAAGAGCGCGUCUACCUAUAAAAGUACCGGGGGCUGUCCUGAAUGAAUUAACCGAGAACACAUGAUCUGCCGGCGCAUUUUUGUUGGUCCCCUGCUUAUUAUUAUUGAUGACCAUCCAUUUCCGGACAGAUAGCAUGACUACUUUCUUGCCUACUGUACGAAUGUUUCCAAUGAUGCAUCUUAACAGAGCAACCUUCAAUAAAAUUUUGAAAUAGGAUAGUGGAGUCAAAGUACUUGCCUAGAAAUAUUGAAAAACGUACAAGCAUGCACCCUUUUAAUAUUAGGGAUCUUCAAGCGAAAUGUGUAACCUGUAACGUGCAACCCUCACAUAGGUCUAUACGCAAAAUAUUUUUUCGUUACAAAACAUAACAAUAUGUUCCACAAAAGACACUUUAAAGCUCAGCAUCAACACCUUUGACAUAAUGUUUUUACAUAGGAAAAAAUGCACUCCAAGUUGAUCUGACUAUGCAUUACAGUUAGUUUGUUUCUCAUUUGCUCCCUUCCAAUCUCGCUAAUGCCAUCAAUCUUAUUUUAUUGUUUGUAUUGCACUUACGAAGAUCUAGUCUUGUUUGUUUUUCAUCUGCAUUUCUGUUCUGGUUUGCUUGUUAUCUGAGUGAUAAGUCUCCAAAAUAUCCGUAUACGAAGUACUAAUAGGCCUCGGAAGCCUAUAUCAUCCUCCAGCUGAAAUCUUUAAGUUAUUAAUCAAUAUAUGCUUAUUUUAUCUUAUCAUGAGCCACAUAAUAGAUUUCGCACAAGUAAAGUAGUUCUGUGUUUACACUUGCCAUGAAUUUGCAAGUGUUAGCAAAUUGGGAUUUUCUGUUUAAUCUGCCAUCUUAUGACAGAAAUUGUAGUCGAUAUUAGUUUCAUAUUCUAAAUAGAUCCUUGAUGUCCAAGUGAAUGUCCACUUUAAUUACUUAGUGAAAAAAAUUUGAGAACCGACUUAUUCUCAAAGUACGGAAAGGAUCGAGAAUUACUGUUAGUUUAUUUAAUAAUGAAAUGGAAUUCAAGCUAUUGCUAAUUUGUAUUUCAGGUGGAUUAUCAAGAAGCUAUAUUUCUUUGGCAUGUAAAUAAGAAAGAUUUUCUUCUUUGGACAAUUACUAGCACAAUAACAUUGUUCCUUGGAAUUGAAAUUGGUGUGCUUUUUGGGGUGAGUACCUGGAGCAGCGGCAUUUGAGCUACUGAAUUUAGAUAUUUAUGCUGUAUGUACAUUUAUUCAGGCAUAGUAGAUAUUAUGAGCUACCUUGAUGUACUUAGAGUUCAGGAUGGAAAUUGCUUUGAGAAGGUCACUAUCGAUUUUUAAUAAUCCCAACAUUAAGCAGCUUUAUCAUAGGAACCGCUAAGGGAGCUUGGAACUUAUGAUCCAAUUUUGACAUGUUGUUGAUGCUAUAGAUCGGUGCUUCUAUUGCUUUUGACAUUCCUGAAUCAGCAAAUCCACAUAUCGGUAAGUCGAUUUACUUAUAAGCUGCUCUAUGUUUUCAGUCUUCACUGCUGCUUAUCUGGUUAACAAUGCCAUUGCCAUGUGUCCUUAUUUUCCUUCUUGUCGAUGUUUUCCUUUAAGUGUGAAAGCUGCUUCAUUUGCUUUUCCAAAUGUCUACUCUCUCUCUCUCUCUCUCUCUCUCUCUCUCUCUCUCUCGUGUUGAUGCGUGUCAAUGUACUCCUAUAACCAUCUUCCUCAAGAUUUCACAGCUUCUUAUCUGUUUUGCAGCUGGCUUGGGGCGCCUACCUGGCAUCACUGUCUAUAGAAAUAUAGAACAGUACCCAGAAGCGUAUGCCUCCAAUGGCAUUGUUAUUGUUCGGAUUGAUGCUCCAAUAUAUUUUGGCAAUAUUAGUAACAUUAAAGAUCGGCUACGGGAAUAUGAAAUUGAGGUCGAUAAAUUUACACGGCGGGGCCCGGAAGUUGAUAGGGUUUAUUUUGUUAUUCUAGAGAUGGCACCCGUAACAUAUGUUGAUUCCAUUGCUGUUCAAGCUUUAAAGGACUUGCACCAAGAGUACAAAUCACGGGACAUUCAGAUUGCUAUUUCUAAUCCGAACCAGGACAUCCUCCUUACCUUUUCGAAGUCCGGAGGGGUUGACAUGAUUAGCAAGGAAUGGCUCUUUGUUCGAGUUUAUGAUGCCGUUCAAGUCUGCCUUCAGCAUGUCCAAAGCAUAAAAGAAAUGCCCACAACACCCGAUCCUCCACCUGAGGAGAGACCCAGUCUCUUGGAGAGAUUACUCAGGCAAACGGGAGAGGAUCUUUCGAUUCCCGAGUUGGAGUCCGGAAAUCAGAGGCCUUUAGCUUCAAAAGAUACCGAUCCUCAACUGGAACCUCUCUUGCCCCGGAGGCCUUGAAUGUUUCUUCCCUGCGAUGGAUUUGCUGCCAGAAUUUAUUUGUACGAGGCCAUGCUCAAUUGUAUGAUCUAUUAAUCCAUUUUUUUCCGGCUGUAAAGGAGGAGUCUUUUUUUCUCUCUUUUCCGUGAGUAAAGUAGAUAAUCUUGUAUAAUAGGAUUAGCAUAUGUCCUUGAAUUAUAUUCACCAACAAGUACAUCUCAAUUAGCUGCAUUCUAUGAGCUUAUCAAUGUAAUUCCGUUUCCCUCCCUCCGAUCAAAUUUUUUGCCCCUAU